UUCAUCACCAUAAAAAACAUUGUUACUAUAAUAACGAUGGAAUUCAUCCUCCACCACACUUUGUGCGGACUGCUGACGAGACUUUAAUUUAUUUUUUUAGGUAUUACAUUUAUCAGGAUGUCCCCAAGAAUUGACGAUGUUAUGAGGCUUUGUUGCGAACUGUCGGCAAAUCAGCAAGUAAAGACUGCGGUAAAACACUCUGGGAGGGGCGCACUGACUGCCGGAGGAUUGGCUUUCGCAGGCGGCCUAGUUGGGGGUCCACUAGGAAUAGCAGUAGGGGGUGCUGUUGGAGGACUUCUGGGAUGCUGGAUGACAAGUGGUCAGUUCAAACCGCUCCCGCAGGUCAUCAUGGAAAUGUCCCCCGAGCAACAAAAGAGACUUUAUGAGGAAAUCAUGGUCAUUUUGGCCUCAGUCAAGUGGACAGAUGUAGCACAGUUGACUACACUGGUGGUUGGAAAUGCCUCACUUCAGCAGCAGGUGACCGCCGCUCUCCUGAAUUAUAUUCACAGGGAGCUUCAAGCCGAGGUGCAUUAUGUGGACUAGACCACUGUUUUUUAAAAGCCUCAC